AUGCCGGACGAGACGAAUCAGAAGACGGCGAUGGACGUGGAGCUCGUCUCAGGCAGUAUCAGUCUCCCAUCAUUAAAGGAAAGCACGUUAGAUGAGCCCGUAUCCAUCACGAUCCUUCGUGACUUACGAUUGGUCGGUGGCAAGUUGCGUGUUGUUCUUAUGCCCAGUAACACGUCGGAGGAGACGCUCAAGGCACUUCGGGACUGGGACCUGUGGGGACCAUUAUUACUGUGUCUUACACUCUCCAUAACGUUGAGUGUGACGGCUCCUGCGGCCCAAUCGGCCAUGGUGUUUACAGGAGUUUUUAUCGUGAUUUGGGUUGGUGCUGCGAUCGUUACGAUCAAUGCGCAGCUUUUGGGCAGCUCCAUAUCGUUUUUCCAGAGUGUGUGUGUGCUGGGUUAUUGUGUCUUCCCGCUGAAUAUCGCCACACUGAUGUGUAUGCUGACUAAAGUGGUAGUCUCGCACAUCUUGCUACGUGCAGUAAUCGUCGGUGUUGGGUUUCUCUGGUCUACACGAGCGUCCGUUGUGUUCAUGUCAAAGAUGGUGCCACCCAAGCGAAAAGCUCUUACCGUGUACCCCGUCCUGCUUUUCUACAUUUUUCUCAGCUGGAUGGUCCUUAUUCAAUAA